AUGAAACACGAUGAAACGCCUGUGCCGUUGAAAGUGCAGAACGACGCUCAAAAAUUCAAAGAGAAUUUGGGAAACUCCUGGACGCCUGCCUCACUGCUGCUUCGGCCAAAGAGAAAGCGCUAUAGGCGCAUUUCCUCCCGAACCUCGCAAGCGCGUGACAAGAGGCAGCAGCCUGAGGGAGAGCUCUGCUUUCUCUCCUUGGCCAGCCUUCCUCGCCCUGGCCAGGGCUCAAAGGGCACUUACUCCGGCGGUGGGCGGUCCUUGCGCGCCCCAAUUCUGAACUACGCGAGUGGGCCGGGCGGAGCUCUCUGCCUGGCCAUGGGUGCCCCCUCGCCCGCUUCUUACUCUGCCUGUUUUCUGAGCGGCUUCCUCCUGGCGGCCGCGUUAUCUUCCUUAGGAACUGACGCGUGUCCUUCCAUUGCUUGGAUUCCAUUCCAAAAGAGCUGCUAUGCCCUACUUCAGGGAUCCUCAGAGGUUUACAGUAUGGAUGAUGCCAGGGAGCUCUGCCAAGACAAUGCCUCUGGAGCGGAUAUUAUUACUAUAAAUAGCAAAGAUGAAAAUACCUUCAUUCAAAGUAAUUUUCACUCAAAUUGGCAUGGUCCAGAAUACAUAGCUCUUGGCAUGUUUUUUGACACAGAUGAUGAUACUUUCAAAUGGUAUGAUGAUUCCAAAGUAAAUUUUACAAACUGGAUAGAAGAAGAAAGUAACAAUGAACUUCUAAACACUUGUGCUACUAUGCAUACAGCUUCAGGUGGAUGGAAAAAAGUCUCCUGUGAACACAUUCCACUGACUAAAAUCCUGUGUGAAACUACUGCUAAAGUUCUUUAUGAAAAAACACACUUAUUUGGAACUGUUUGGACAGGCAUCAUAGUCAUAGUAUCAACAAUAAUUGUGGCAAUCUCGGCAGCAUUUCUCUGGUUUCUUUAUCAAAGAAGGAUAUCUUCUAGACCAAGAUGUGAUAAUUCCAUCACUCAAAUUCCAUGUGAUAACAGAACAUUUUUCAUAGAAGAUGAAUAUUCUGUUUAAACUGUUUUCAUUUAGAUAUUGUUACAGGGGCAAUGGCACAAAAACAGUCUUUAAAACCACUAUCCUAUAUUCUAAUGGAAUAUAAUCCACAUGCUUGUUAAAUUGUUUUUAUGCAUAUGAAGUGAUUUUCUAUCUAAAUGUGCAUGUUUCAACGUGCUUGAUAGUUUAGAAAUCAUUUUAAUCCCAAAAGGCAAAUAUGCCCAAAGAUCCUUUGGAAGGAAGCAGCUCCUUCUUUCAACAACACUGUGAUAAUUUAUUUUGAUGAGACAUUUGCCAACAAGUCUCACAGCACUCAUUUGCUUAUGAAGUUCAGAAUUCCAAUUGUGGACUAAAAGUCUCUACAAAAACUCCUUUAUCAUUCCCAAAAUUUUAAAAUGUAAGAUUGUAAAAUAUUAUCUUUAAAAAAGGUGGAGCUACUGCCAUCAUGAACAAUGGACAUGACAUUUUAUUAAAAACUGACGAAAUCUGCUUAUUCUGCUAGUGAAUGUCAGCUUUUUAUAUAUAUUAAUAAAAUAUGAAAGAACAGCAAGGACCUUCAACACAAUCUCAAUCUUUUUAUAUAUGUCUAUUUUAAUAUUCUGUUCCAUGAAAUAAAAAUUUGAAUAUCAAUAUUUGCAUUUUUUUUAGCGCAAAUAAAAGAGUAACUAAGGUUGUCCUUUCUAGAAUUGCAUACAUAAAGCAAUUCAGUGUUUACAAUUAGGCUAUUAAUUAUUGAUAGGUAGAUGGUGUUUGAGAAUUACUGCUUAUUAUCACUAAAUAAGUUAUUGCUUAAACAUUAUUCAAAGCUUGCCACAUGUUAUAUUGCAGAUGGAAAUCGAACUAGCAUUGCUCACAAUUAGGCUAACGUCUAAAUACAUAAUUAUCAUUUGGAUGGUUAAACAUGGACACCACAUCUUUACUAUGCUGACCUUAUAAUUUAGAUAAUUACAUGCUCUCAGUGCCAGAGAAAAACCUAUAUUUGUUAAACAGGUCUAAUGACCCCCCCCCCAUCUCUGCAACCACUUUAUUUUACAAUCAAGUUUCCAGUUCUAAUUGUGGUCACUAAACAAGGACCACCUGUACCAUCCUCUAUUUACAGUUGGGCAAAGUUGCCCACCAGUGGAUAUCCAGAUAUAUUCUUCUAUCAAUUAAGACUCACAAAUUAUUGAGGUAGUCCUUAGCUUACAUCAUAACUGGGACCAGAAUUUCUGUUGCUAAGCAAGGCAAUUGUUAAAUGAGUCACGCCCGAUUUUACCACCUUUUUUUACUAAUUUGUUAAGUGAAUCACUUCAGGUGUUAAGCUAACCAGGCUUCUCCCACUGACUUUGCUUGUCAGAAGCUGGCUGGGAAGGCCACCUAUGGCGAUUCCAUGACCAAAUGUCAUAAGUAUCUAUUAGUUGCUAAAUGCUCAGAUUUGAUUAUAACUGUGAAGAUGAUGCAAUGGUUGUAAAUGCAAGGACCGGUUCUCGCUUUUUUUUAGUGCCGUUACAACUUCAAAUGGUCACUAGAUGAAUGGCUAUAAGUCAAGGACUACCUAUGUUACAAAGAAAUACUCAACUCUACACAGGAGUAAUAUGGAACAACUGGGAUCUUUUAGAUGCAAAGGAUUCUGUGUGGACUGAAACUAUAGUGGGAAUUCUUAAUUCUAACCGGGAUCUUUUAGAUGCAAAGGUUUCUGUGUGGACUGAAACUAUAGUGGGAAUUCUUAAUUCUAAGUGGGAUUAUUGUGGAAGGAAUAAG